GCUGCGCGAAGAGGCAGAGGCACGAUAUUCAAAAGCUUGGGCCAAAACCAAACACGCAUCAGCAUCCGCAUCAAGUGCUGCUGCAGCAGCAUCCAGCCAACACUACGCAAAUAAGUCAAGACUGAUCCGUAGCCCGUUUGGGAGCUGAAUGUGUUUGCGUGUGCUUUGACCAUGCCCAUUUGCAAAAGUUCACCGGCAACGGCAACGAGCAAGAAAACCGCCACGGACAUAUCCGCCGAUCAUGUGACGGAGGCGGCCCAGGUGAAACGUACACGGGAACAGGCCUAUUUCAAUUCGUACGACUUCGAUGCAAUCGAGGUGCUGCCCUACGACGAGGAGGACGAGGACGACGGUCUGCCCGGGGGCAGACACAGUCGCGCCAGCAGCGGACGCUAUUCGGUGGCCAACGAGAGCAACAGCAGCGGCAGCCACACCAAGUUCGCCUAUCUGCACAGGCUGGGCGCCUUCUUUGGCCAGAAAUCAGCUGCAGAUGGAGCAGGUGCAACGGCGGGCCAUAACACGGGAGGAGCCGGAGCUACACAGGAGUUUGGCGGCGUUGCUCUCGCUGCUGGGCCAACAAAUGAUAACUUUUUGCUGCCACGCGCCAUGCUGAAGUACCCAUAUCAGAGCGGCAAUGCGACAACUUCAAUGCCAUUGACAACGUCGCUCUCAAUGAUCCAUGCGAAUGGCUCGGCUGGUCUUGAGAGCCAGACGGUUGCAUCUGUGACCAGACCGAACGAUAUCAAGCCAAAUGUGUUGGCCAACAAGAAACGCUCCACGGCAUCCAAUGCCAGCAGCACACAUACCACGGACUCCGGCCUGGGCACCAACACAACAGCAACAACAACAACAGCAGCAGCAGCAGCAGCAGCAGGGGCAGCUGUGGCAGCAACACCAAGUGCGGCAGUAGCUGCGAGCGGCUCACACUAUUCGUCCGAUAAAAGCGGCUCGUCCGGUUACUAUAGCUCUCAUGUGUGCUCCACAUACUCGCUGGACGAGCACAUCUACUGCGAACCGGUCAUAGAUAUCCUAGAAGCCAGCGAGAAAGAGAAGAGCAAGAGCAAACGGCCACAGCUGCAGCUGCCAACGAAAGUGACGGGCCAUGAGAAAGAGACGACGGCGAUUAGUCAGCAUUUGGAUAUGCAAGAUGCUAUGUCUACGGGCCUGGCAGCCGACCAAGCGGCGGAUAAAACGGAGCAAAUAGUCGCGGGCAACAGCCAGCAGCAGCAGCAGCAAGAACAGCCGCACUACAGCGACAAGCUGCGCAUCCUGGAGACAAGCAUUGAGAAUCUGGAUCGUCAUUUGAAAACCUUGCCCAGCCUCUAUGCGCGGCAAGCGCCAGCGGCUGCAGCAUGCGCCACAAUGGACAUUGGCGAAAAGCUGCGCGCCUACAACCAGCUGCCCACAAUUAUGGAGGGCUAUGCCACACAGCGGCAACAGCGUCAACUGGAGCAGCUGGAUGACUCACUGCUCGACAUCGAUUUGGAUGCAUUUCUGCUGCAACCCAAGCAGCAGCAGCAACAACAGCCACGGCGACAGCGGCAACAGCUGCUGGCAGGCAUUGAUAAUCCGAGUUUUUUGAGCGACGAACAGCUCGAGGAGAACAAUUACAAGUGUGCCAAAUACAUAAACUCCUGCCCGGAGAAUGCUUAUCGUGUGGACAACGAAUCAUCGGCCCAUGCCCAUGCGAAACGCUAUGAGGAUCAGCUGCACUUUCAGAGCACACGCGAGCUGCUGGAGGAUGUGCGCGACAAGAUACGCCUGCUGGCGCCCACGCCCACAACGGACAUACCGCAGGAGCUGGAGGGCAUGAUACAAACGCUCAAGGACGAGCUGGAGUCCUAUCUGCAGCGCAUGAACCAGCACAGCGAGCUGGAGCUGCGACAGCUCUGCAGCGGUCUGGGCCGCCAGCAGCAUGUGGUGCGGCUGCAGAAUGCGCUGGAGCGCAGGCGCAGCUUUGCAGGUGAACUGCAAAUGAAUGCCUACGAGUCUAUGCGCGACGGCGUCCUAAUCUCCGCCUGCGGUCGGCCGCUAAACGUGCGCGAACAGAUCAUGAGCAUACGCUGUGCCAGCGAUCCGAACUUUAAGAUGAAACGCAAAUCCAUUACCGAGGUGUUUCCCGUCGCCGAGUGCUAUAUUGAGACCAUGACGUUAUCGCGCAGUGCCACGCCUACAACCAUGGAGACGCCCACACCGACAAUCACGCCCACGCCUACACCCACGCCACCGCUGGAACUGAAGGCAACGACAACAACAACAACAACCAUGGUCACCCAAAUGCAACGCAAUCUAACCUUCCACAAGCCCGUGCUCAGCGUGGAAAACACCAGAUCGCGGCUGGGCAACGGUCUCGACAAGAUCGACAACGCAGCCGAAUGGCAUCGCAAAAAGCCAAGCAUCUGGGAGAUGUACUACGGCACCAAUCGACUGCAUCAAUCGUUGCUGGGCAAGCAGCGCCACACCGGCGGCGAACUGGUCAUCAGCAGCGCACAUCCGACGCUCUCCUAUCCAUCGUCCAGACCCGAAUCGGAUUUUACGCUCGACUUGCCGCGCGCCGAGCAGCUGCGCCUCAAAAUGGAAAAGGAGAAGAAGUUCCGCCAAAGAUGUCGCCUCAUCACAACAUUUCUAAGUCUGGUAUUCUUUCUACUGACCGUGAUGGUUGUCAGUUUGGUUUUAACGCGCGGCAAACGCAUGUUCGGCAGCAUGAUUUAGCCAAGGUGUUCCACAUAAAACUGAAUAUUAGCAUAGGGUAUAAGCAAAAAAGAACAACUUAAAAAACAAAACAAAAACUAGAACAAAAUUAAAGUGCCGUAGUAAUUCUUAGAUCCAACAGUAACAGCUACAUACAUAAAUAACUGCAACGAAUCGUAGGGGCAUUAAGAUAAUAACUAAUUUCUAGUAUUAGAUCUAGUUUAUUCGUCACUAGUAUACACUAUAAUUGGAGGGGCAACAUGCUUGUUGUGCCUGUUUUCGGCAGCCGCAGCCGCAGUAUUGUUAAUAAAUUAUUUUUGUGAUCUUAGCUGUUAAGUGAAAAGUGAAGUUUUGUGUUUGUCUAAAAAUCAUGAUAAAUCAUGUCCAUUAUAAAUGCUAAUUGUAUUAAUCGUAAGAGUGUACUGUACAAUGACCUUAUAGUGUGUAAAUGUGUUUGUGUGUGUGUCGAUAAAUAAA